AUUAUUGUUGCUGCUGUAGCAACAUUUACAAUAUUAAUACAACAAUAGUAAUUGCUAAUGCGAUGUCACCCGAGCAAGAAUUACAGUUGCUGUAUUUGUACGAUGACGAAAUUAUAAAAAGGAUUGCGGUGCAUCAUGUGGAAGCUGUCAAGUUUGCCAUACUUCUCAAGCCUAACGAAUAUGAAACCCUUGCUGAACAAUAUAAUUUCAAUUGGGUUACAUUUUCAUUAAAGCUAUGGGAAAGGCUUUGGAACGCACCAACACGUACUCUUCUCUUUGACACCGUUCUCUCCUUCCUCUUUUCUUGUGAUCAGAGGCUUCAUCGACAGUUAUGCACUAAUUUUACAAGCAAUUUGCUCAACUUUGUCGAAGUUCUAAAAAAUUUCGAUGGAAUUUUUAAAAAUAUGAAACCUGAUAUUGUGUGCGAAAAGAUUUCUUGCAUAAGCCGGUAUCAUGCGAAUUUGAUGAUGCCGGUGAAAAACAUAAUUGAGCGAUCAGGAGAAAUAUCUGCCAAGAAAUACAUUUUGCGAGCAAUACUUGAUAUGGGUGAGGGAGCAUUCCUGGAUUUACUUGACGCAUUGGCUGCUUGCUCUGAUGUUGCUCAUCAUUUUGUAACGGAAUCAUAUCCUGAUUUUGAGCGAUAUUAUCGUUUAUAUCUUCAUGAACGCGGGAAAACGCAAAGAGGAAAACUUUAUUUCUGCGAAUGUGAUGUUCCAAUAGCGAGUAUUAUCAUGGAGUCAAGAUCAGAUAAACUGGACAAGGUAUGCAUGGUGGAUUUACGUUAUGAACAUUUUCCUAUCAGUGCAUCAGAUGCAGCCAAGGAUGACAUUUAUGAAGGCGAAGUCAUCAUUUUGCGAAAAUAUCAAGAAGAAUUAGCGCAACCAGCUUAUAAUGGACGAAAUACCUUAAUUUGCGCACCAACAGGAACUGGCAAAACCGUGGUAGCAGCGUCGAUCGCACGAAAUCACCUUAUAAUGGGCAGGAAAAAUAAUUUGCAUACGAAGAUUUCUUUUUUCGUCACGAAUACAACAUUUCUGGAGCAACAGACAAAAUGUUUUGAGAAAUUUGUUGGACAUCGUUGGAAAGUUGUUUUUCUGAGCGGUAUAACGGUGAAUACACCUAUUGCGGAGACAAUUGCAGCUUAUGAUCUUAUCGUUAUUACACCUCAACUUAUUGUGAAUCUCCUGAACACUUGUAAUGAAGAUAAUGGUUUGCCCUUCUCGUUAUCUUCAUUUUCGCUUAUGUUUUUCGACGAAGCUCAUCAUACAGAUGGAAAUCAUCCUUACAAUGUAAUCAUGAAUAAUUAUCACGAUAUGAAGCAUGCUGGUAAGGUUCUGGACGGGAAACGCUUACCUCAGGUUGUCGGCUUGACAGCUUCAUUGGGUAUUGGUAAUGCUCAAAAUACUUCGGAAGCAGUAGAAUAUUUUAUUAAAAUAUGUGCGAAUUUGGAUAUCACUGUUUUAAGUUACGUGCAUGAAAACAUCGAUGAACUUCGUGCGUUUACUUCCAUUGCUGCUGACGAGACGAAACUGGUCGCAUCCAAUGUAACCACUUAUUCAGUAGCUGUUGGUAUCUUGGAUCUCUUCAGGCGAUUUGAAGGCAUUUUAGACAGGAUUGCGAGGUCAGUUUCCAUUUCCGACAAAAUACAUGAGCCUUCGAACCAGGAAAUGCUCCGUAGAUUGCAAAAUCCACCACAUGAUAAGUUCUCGAAAGUAUAUGAAACGUGGUUUUCUCAGUUGUUGGUCAAAUUUGUUCCCGUUGCAAAGCUUGAGAAGGAAAACCGUUUUCUUAUAAUGACGUGUUUACAAUUCAUUGGAAUUUUGUUUCGUUCCUUGGAACAUUAUAUUCAUUUUCCUUCAUACGUUGCCAAGAAGUAUUUUGAAAAUGAAUUUAACCUUGUCCGACACACUGCAAAUCAGGAACUCGUGGACAUCAUGCAAGCAUGUCCUCUAAAAACUGUUGUUGGAAAUAACGCAGACAAUGAACUAUACAAUGAACUUUUACGUGAAUUACAUGGUCAAUUUGCUAAGCAGAAGGAUGGACGUGCUAUUGUUUUUGUAGCGACGAGAGAUUUUGCGGGGCAGUUAUCAGAAGAACUGAAUAAAGAUGAAAGUUUGCAGAUGUUGGAUAUUAAAUCGGAUUUCAUUACGGGUAUCAAUGCAUCAGGAGAGAACGGUGGUCAAUCUAUCAAUCAACAGCGUGAUAUACUGGCACGAUUUACGUCGGGUGAUAUCAAAAUUUUAUGCGCAACUUCAGUUGCAGAAGAGGGCAUCGACAUCCAGAAAUGCAACCUUGUCAUUAAAUACGAUUACGUAACCAAUGAAAUCGCACAUGUGCAACGAAGAGGACGAGGUCGAGCUGCAAAUUCACGUUGUCUUUUGCUAACAUGUGAUCCGAAAUUGCAAACUCGUGAGGAGAAAAAUAUCAUUCGAGAGCAAAUUAUGCGAAGCGCUUUGCAGUUGAUCGAUCAAAAACCACCAAAUUGGUUUCGGGACGAGGUGAUAAAACGUGCAGAACGAAACACUAUGGAGCGAAUCCGAAAAAAACUAUUGCUGGAUGAGAAGAAGUUUGCGUCAACUUCCAGCCGAUACACAUUAUUAUGCAAAAAAUGUGAUGCAGUUAUUUGUGAUAGCAGUGACAUCGUUGUAACACCCACCUACUCCCAGUAUAUUUGUAUUUGUAAAGAAAUUUGGAGUCGUUCGAAUCAACGACCACUUCCAAAAUGUGUGGUAGAACGAGAAGCUGGUUAUCACUUAAAAGGCAUUGGAUCGAUAUGUUGUGUAAGUUGCAGUCAGCCAUGGGGUCGUAUUGUUCGCUAUAACAGUUUUACACUACCUGUCAUCGCCGCCAAUGCUUUUGUUCUGGUCGCAGAAAAUGGAGAAAGAUUCCAAAGAAAACGAUGGAAGCAGAUAGUUGAAAACUUAUUCAAGCCCCGGAACAUCGAAUUAUACGAUUAUGCAACUAUGCAAACUUCAGUCCCAAUUUUGUCCGAUUUCAUUUCUGAUAAUUCUUGCAUUGAAUGUGCAUUAUAAUUCUCACUGUAACUAUAAGCCUCAUGUAUUUCAUUGUUUUUGUAUGCAAAAUCUCGGACCAAUCAGGUAUUACAGUUAUUAGUAUGGCGAUGCAGUGCUUCAGAAUUUUAUGGAUACACAAUUUACUUUUCAGUAUUUUCAGUUACCUUCGGCUGAUUCAUGUCCUUUUCUUUUUUCCAGUCCAUAUAUUUUUCUUGAUUGUAUCCAAAAUAGGAGUAGGAGGCAGUAGAUUCUACUGUCCGAUAUCCGAUGCUUUCAUUACCACGAGCAAAAGUGAAGCAUUUUGUGUCUCAGGGCUUUAAUAAAGGGUUUUAAUUUCGCCUGUGCU